AUGGUCCGAGCUCUCUUGGUUACUAUAUGCUUAGCUGUUUUUCCAUAUCAAGGGAGCUCUACAAAGGAAUUCGGGAGGGCUAACAAUUAUGAAAUAGUGUAUCCCCAAAAACUCCAUGCAUUGCACAAAAGAGUCCUGGAAGAAGCCCAGAAACCUGAGCAAAAGAGCAAUUACGAAGAUACCGUUCAGUAUGAAAUGAAAGUGAAUGGAGAGAAAGUGGUCCUUCACCUAGAAAAAAAUAAAGGACUUUUUUCCCAUGAUUACAGUGAGACCCAUUAUUCCCCUGAUGGCAGAGAAAUUACAACAAGCCCUCAGACUGAGGAUCACUGCUAUUAUGAUGGCCACAUCCAGAAUGAUACGGACUCGACUGCAAGCAUCAGUGCAUGCCAUGGUUUGAAAGGGUAUUUCACGAGUCAUGGUGAGAAGUACCUUAUUGAACCCUUGAAGCUCUCAGACAGUGAAGCCCAUGCAGUCUUCAAGUAUGAGAGUGUAGAAAAAGAGGAUGAGACCCCCAAAGUCUGUGGGGUAACCAACACAACUUGGGAAUCAGCUGACCCCAUCAAAAAGACCUCUCGGAUGAGCACAAGUGCUGAAAAACAGGAAUACUUGAAGGCCAAAAAGUAUGUUGAAUUUUACGUAGCUGUAGACAACAGAAUGUUCAAGAAGUACAGCCAAAACAUGACUCGUGUAAAGACAAGAGUAUUUGAAAUGGUCAACUAUAUGAAUGUGAUUUACAAACUUUUGAAAAUUCACGUAGCAUUGAUUGGCCUAGAAAUUUGGACUGACAAAGAUAAGAUUGUGGUCGAUUCAUCAGCCGGCAUCACUUUGGAUCGCUUUACAACAUGGAGGAAAUCAGAUCUGCUGAAGCGCAAAAGGAAUGAUCAUGCUCAAUUGCUCACGGGUAUUGACUUCAAUGGAUGGAUCAUAGGAUUGACUUAUGUGGCAAACAUGUGCAAUCCCAGCCAUUCCCUGGGAGUUAUUCAGGAUUACAGCACCAUCCCAAUUAUUGUGGGGACUACAAUGGCCCAUGAGAUGGGUCAUAAUUUUGGCAUGGAACAUGACAAAACGUCCUGUACUUGCAAGUCUGAUACAUGCGUUAUGUCUCCAUCAAUAAGCUAUCAACCUCUCCAGCAUUUCAGCUCUUGUAGUGUCCGGGAUUUUGAGAAAUAUAUCAUGCACCACACCCCACAAUGCAUUAUCAACAGGCCUUUGAGCAAAGAAAUUGUUGCAACCCCAGUCUGUGGGAAUGACUUUGUGGAGGAGGGAGAAGAAUGUGACUGUGGCUCUCCAAAGGAAUGUAAAAAUGAGUGCUGCGAUGCUGCAACUUGUAAACUGAAACCUGGUGCAAAGUGUGCAUAUGGGCCAUGUUGUGAGAACUGCCAGCUUAGGAAAGCAGGAGCAGUGUGCCGGGCAGCAAAGCAUGACUGUGACUUGCCUGAACUGUGCACUGGCCAAUCCCCUCAAUGUCCCAUGGAUCGCUUCCGCAUGAAUGGACACCCAUGCAAAGACAACAAGGGUUACUGUUACAUGGGGAAGUGCCCCACCUUGGCCAACCAAUGUACUGUUCUCUGGGGGUCAGGUGCAAAAGUGGCUGCAGAUUCAUGUUUUGCGAUCAACAGGAAUGGGGUUUAUUAUGGCCACUGCAGAAAGGCAAAUGGUAAAUACAUCCCAUGUGGACAAAAGGAUCUGAAAUGUGGCAAGUUGUACUGUAGAGGUGGUUCAAGGAUGCCUUCAACUGGGAGCCUGGUGUCAUUUGAUUCAUGCAAAGGAAGCUUUCCAAGGAAUAUAAAGCAAAAAGAUUUUGGAAUGGUUCAUCAUGGAACAAAAUGUGGAGAAGGAAUGGUCUGCAGCAACGGGCAGUGUGUUGAGAUAGAGGCAACCUACAGAUCUACCAACUGUUCAGAGAAAUGCAGAGGACACUCUGUGUGUGACCAUGAACUGCAGUGCCAGUGUGAAGAAGGAUGGGCACCACCCCACUGUGAUGACCCCACAGCAAAUAGAAACAUCAUCGUCAUUGUCAUAGGUGUAGUAGUAGUCUUACUAGUCACUGCCAUCAUCCUUGCAGUUCUCUUCCGCUGCUACAUUUUAAAGAAGAAACAAAGUCAAAGCACUCACAAAAGUGCAGCUGGAGCCACAAAUCCUGCUUUCUCUGGUCCAGAUCAGAAGAGGAAACCGCAUCUUGGUCCAGUGUCCAAUCAUUCAGAGAUAAAUUCUUCUAGAUUUCUCCUCCCACCACCUCCAUCCCAAGCAAAUAAACCGCCAGUCUGUGUUGUGACUACAAUUAAAUGGAAUAAGUCUUGCUUAUGA